GUUUCAAGACAAGAAUAUAAAAAAAAUAUGUUACACAAGUUACAUGUAGAUAAUUCAACUACCUGAAAAAAGCUAGAAAGAUAGUAUGGCAGAAAAUGAACAUGCAAGAAGAGAGUUACAACAAAAGCAGCAUUAUUUUUUGCAGAGUGAAUUACAGUCAAUGUCGCGAGAUCUUCCAGGAAAAUUUCAGCAGAGACUUCCCUAUGAUUUAUUAUCAAGUUUAGCUAAUGCUUUACUGGAUGGUACUGUCUUUGAAAUUGUGCGUAGUCUACAAGAAGUACAACAUUUAGAGGAGAAACAUUUGUCUUCUCAGAGAAUGAAACUGAUAAAUGAUCACAAAGCACAAAGACAUGAAUUACAGAAACGACACAAAGAACUUCUUCAAGCCUGCCAGACAAAACCCCACAAUCUUCCUAUAGUAGAGGUCCAAAUUGAAAGAGAAAAAGAGACCAUGGAAAAAAGAUUGGAGGAUGAAGUCAAGAAAAGAGACAUGAAAAUUAUUAUGGACCUGGACCAAAAAGUAAUGGACCAACAAGUAAUGCUUGAAAGAGCUGGGGUACCUGGCUUCUUUGUUACAAACAAUAGACAAGACAUCCGCUUACAAAUGUACUUGCUUGAGUUUAUGAAUAGACUAAGAUUUCUGGAUUUGCCUAGUUGAUGUUUAGAGUAUUUAGUUUUGUCAUUUGCUAAUUUAUUUUCACUACAUUACAUUUAGGUAACUAGAAUCUCACUGGAAUUUAAACCUUAUUUACAGAAUAGGCCAACGAACAGUCUGCUCCUAUAAACCAGGUUUCUGACCCAUAAAUCUUAACAUUAUCGAUUGGAAAUAAUAAUUUUUUUCCCUUAUUGUUGCAGUUAUAAAUACAUAUAUAUGUAUAUAUUGCAGUAAUUCGCUGCUGCUUUAUAUUCAUGAUUUUGGUUUAAAAUUCAUAAUAAUAAUUCUUCAAAAUUUUACAAAUCCUAGAUACAAAUCAAUGAAAUAUUCUAUUUCAAUUUUCACUCACCUUGCUCAGAAGGCUAAUAUGAAUUACUGGCAUCACAUGUGGCAAUCUUUUUUGUUGUCAUUAUCAGUCAAUUUUUUGAAAACUUAUAAGCCAAUUUCUUUGUCAUUUGGUCUCUGGUGGAGAGUUGUCUCAUUUGCAAUCAUACCACAUGUACAUCGUCUUACUUUUAAGAUAAAAAACAAUCCUGAGCAUGCAUAUCAUCAUUUUAUAGGAAAACAUUGAAAAACAAUCUAUUUUUUUUUAGUCCUUUCCCUUUCCAUUUUUCCUGGAGACUGAAAUGAUAAAUAAACAGCAAUACAAUUUCUUCUUCUGACUGUUGGACUCACCAUGACCAACAAAAAAAGAAGAGUCCUUAGUGAGAACCCUGUAUAAUAAUAAUAAGAUUUAAGAUGAAUGGUCAAUGGUCAAUGCCUAAAAAUCAAUAAGCCUACAUGUACAUUACACAUCUACAAGAAAACUAUCAAACACCAGUGAUACCGAUAUAUCAGGAUUUAACACUGAAUCAUUCAAUUUCAAAUCAUCAUGUAGCCAUUUUCAUUUUUUUGAAUAUUCAGCAAGCCUAGAAAAAUUAAUCUGAGUGGAAAAAUAUUGUAUUCGACUCGAUACAGUUGUAAUAUAUGUAUGAAUUAUUAAAUUGAAAUUUAGUAUAUGACAAGGUAUUUACAUUUUAUUUGUUUAAUUGUUAUUUGUAAAUAUUAUUUUGAAUUUAUAUAUUGAAUGUAAUAAAAAAUUUGAUGAAAUUUCAGAAUAAUAAAAUUGUAAGAAUUUA